CCGGGUGAUAGCUCCAUGUAUCAUAUUGAAUCCCCCUUUUUGCACUCCACCUCGGAAAAUCCUAACCCUAACCCUAACCCUUUACCCUUUUACUCGUCAAUCAGCCAUGGACGAUCUUCAAGCAACCUACAAAGAAGACCAGGACGAAGAUAAUUCCUACAGCACCAAUUCAAAUAACAACAACAGAGACGUUAAUUCAGAAAUGGCAGAUCCAAAACCAGAAAUUUUCACUACGACCACCACCACUACGACUGUCGACGAAGCACUAACCAUUCCCACCACCACUGUCGACGAUGAGGGAACCGUUCCCACCACCGCCGUCGAUGAAGCACUAGCCGUUCCAACAACCACAACUAUUACCACCACAUCCACCACCUCCGCAACCCCCGAGACCGAUUCCGGCACCAAAGAUGAUCCAAUGCCCUCCGAAGAACUCUCAGAUAUCGAACCCACCCCUAAAGACUCGCCUAAUUUUACCAAAGUUAUCUCCUCUGAAGACGAAAUGGAAGAACACGAAGAACGUCCGGCGAAGAAGCACAAGAACCUUUCGUUACUCGCACCGCCGCUGGAAGAAGAAUUAUCUCAAGAAGCUGCUGCAGCAACACCGAUCACACCGAUGCCCCCACCUUCCGAAAAACCUAGUGGUAAAAAGUCAACUAACAGCAUGAAGAAGAAAAAGAGCAAGGGAAACAAUGUAUGGACAAAGCCAUCGUCUCGAAAGGGCAAAAAGAGGACAAAGAGUACAACAAGCACCACUGCUCAAACAGAGGACUCCGUUUUGAUCACUCCCAUCCAUCGCUACCCUGACAAAAACGACGACUCUGCAGACAUGACAAUCUGUCUUUCAAAGGUUUACAAGGCGGAGAAAGUAGAAUUGAGUGAAGAUAGGUUGAGUGCAGGUAGCUGUAAAGGGUAUAGAAUGGUGAGAGCUACAAGAGGGGUGAUGGAGGGAGCUUGGUAUUUCGAAAUCAAGGUGGUGAAUUUAGGGGAAACAGGGCAUACGAGACUAGGAUGGUCAACUGAAAAGGGGGAUUUGCAGGCGCCUGUUGGGUAUGAUGGGAACAGUUAUGGUUACAGAGAUAUUGAUGGGAGCAAAGUGCAUAAAGCUUUGAGGGAGAAGUAUGGCGAUGAAGGCUAUGUUGAAGGUGAUGUAAUUGGGUUCUAUAUCAACUUACCUGAUGGGAAUUUGUACGCACCAAAGCCUCCACAACUAGUUUUGUACAAAGGGCAAAGAUAUGCGUAUGCUACUGAUGCAAAAGAAGACCCUCCUAAAGUUGUUCCAGGAAGUGAAAUAUGUUUUUUCAAAAAUGGGAUAUGUCAAGGGUCUGCUUAUAAAGAUCUGAAUGGUGGACGAUACUACCCUGCUGCUUCAAUGUACACUCUUCCUCAUCAAAGCAACUGCAUGGUUAAAUUCAACUUUGGACCUGAUUUUGAAGCCUUUCCACAAGACUUUGGUCAACGCCCUAUCCCAUCUCCAAUGGUUGAAGUUCCAUAUCAUGGCUUUGAUGGCAGAGUUCAAAAUGGAAAUUCUUUGAGUUCUUCCACUAGAAUGUGCCCCAUGCUGAAAGUGGUAAAAGAGAAUGACUUUUGAGUGAGAUUGAUGAAAUGAAGCAGAUGAAGUAUCGGUUGAUACUUAUACAAACGUUCCAGGUUGGUUAUUUUUGAUCAAUGAAAUUAUGUAAAAAUGGUAUCCCUU